GAAGAGGACAAACAAAGGACAAAAGAAUUACGGUGAAACGAAAUCUUAUUCUACACCAAAUUCAAACAAAUGGACCCUGUGUAAUAACUAUUUAGAGCAGUAAUGCAACUGCUGCAGAUAGAACCAUCAAAGCCAAGCUAUUCCCAUGAGCAAAAGCAAUAUUGCCUGGCGUGGAGGCCACCGGUGCCAUGGAGGGGCUCUUUCCUGGAGGCGAGGGAGGAGAGGGCGGUGUCGAAGGUUCCAUCAUGGGUGGAGGUGAGCUCAUGGCAGGGCCGGGGCUCGUCGUAGGGGUGGAAGCCGGAGGAGACAUCAUCGGCGGAGGUGACGAGACAGGGGUGGUGGCCGUGGGGGGCGGGGUCAUGGUGGUCGGCGGCGGAGCCAUCACGGUGGUGGGAGGGGUGGCAAUGGAGGAGGGUGGCAUUGUCAUGGGGGUGGUUGAAGGGGUCGGGGAAGGAGCUUGAGCAAGUGCUGAUGGGGCUAG